GGCGAGACGAGGCAGGAGGAGCUGGAAAGCGCGCACGCCGGGGGUGGGUGGGCUGUUUAGAACAGGAUUUCUUUCCCCCUUUCCAGGCUUCCACGGAAAGGAGCUUGUGCUGGGUGGCUGAGCUGCCGUUGGGCAAAGGUGCGUCGCCGCUCCCCCCCCCCAUCCCCACGGAAGCGGGUGGGGCCGGCGUCUGCCAUGGCCACCUGCUGGGUAGAUUUGUCCCGGAGCGCAGCGCGUUUGGGAUCGGCCGGGCACCUGUGGGGACCAGCUGGGCGCACCUGAGCUGCAGCGAGCUGUGCGCCCCCUCCCUCCCUCCCCUGCUGCUGUCCCUCGAAAAAGGGAGGUUUUAUGCGGAGGUUGCCGGAGACCCCCUGGGGGGCCGGCGCGGGUUCUCUUUCUUUCUCUCCCUCGGGUGAGAGAUCUGGGGCGGCGGAGAAAAGAAGGCAAGGAGAGACGCGGAGAAAGAGGGGGAAGCACGACGGAAGGGAGGACUGAGGAGGCGGCGGGAUCCAGACCUGUAGGAGCAGCAGAGCCGCCUGCCUGGAAGGGAGAAGAUGCCAUUCCACCAUGUCACGGCUGGGCUGUUGUACAAGGGGAACUAUCUGAACCGGUCACUCUCAGCUGGCAGUGACAGUGAGCAGUUGGCCAAUAUCUCAGUGGAGGAGUUGGACGAAAUCCGCGAAGCUUUCCGAGUACUGGACCGCGAUGGCAAUGGCUUCAUUUCCAAACAAGAGCUGGGGAUGGCGAUGCGCUCCUUGGGAUACAUGCCUAGCGAGGUGGAACUGGCAAUUAUCAUGCAGCGCCUUGACAUGGAUGGGGAUGGUCAAGUUGAUUUUGAUGAAUUCAUGACAAUCCUUGGACCAAAACUGGUGUCAUCAGAAGGACGGGAUGGUUUUCUGGGGAAUACAAUUGACAGCAUAUUCUGGCAGUUUGACAUGCAGCGGAUAACUCUGGAGGAGCUGAAACAUAUACUGUACCAUGCGUUCCAGGACCACUUAACAAUGAAAGAUAUUGAAAACAUCAUAAUCAACGAGGAAGAGAGCUUAAAUGAGAACUCUGGCAACUGUCAAACAGAAUUUGAAGUGCAUUCUCAAAAACAAAACCGACAGACUUGUGUACGGAAAAGCUUAAUAUGCGCUUUUGCUAUGGCCUUUAUUAUCAGUGUCAUGUUGAUUGCAGCCAACCAGAUCCUCCGAAGUGGCAUGGAGUAGCCAUAUAACACUGUGAAACAAAAAAACGAUCCACGCAUGCGCAUGCUGUCCGGUGAACUUUCUCCCUGAUCAACUUUAAAAACAAAUGGGAAAAAAGGAGGAGAGAUCGCAUGGGUGACGGAAUGGCGGAUGGAUAAGGACAGACGGUUCGAUAGAGAACCCCAGGCCAGCAGCGUACCUGUAAAUCAACUAUAUCCUCUUGGCAGGGACAUAAAAGGGCUGUCUUAAUGCUUUAAUGGUUUUUGUUUCCUAACGCAAUAAAAAACAACCCAGAAGAGCCCUGAAUUUUUAUUUUUGAUUUUUUGGCGUGGUGGCAGGAGAUCGGAAUGAGGAUUCACAUUCACCCAGCGGUAUUUUGUGGCCACCCAGAAAAUGCGACACCAACUGGAGACAGUUUUGCCGCUAGCUAUCUUACAGAAACUCUGAAGCAUAUCUAUAUCUAUAUCUAUAUAUUUCUAAUGGUUCAGCUUUCCCAGGAAAUUGAAAUCUAUACCACCAUAGUAAGCUUAAAAACCAUCCAUUUUUGCUUAUCUUCGUCUGACUUCAAUGGUUCUGUUUAACCCCACUGGCAUUGCGGGGGAUUGUACAGGGACAAUCAAAUGCAUAAUUAACAAAUUAUGCAGUCCGGAGGAUUUUGUUCAUUUGUUAAAUAUAAGACCGUGGCCCACCACCAUUUUGCUUCUUUUUAAAAUUAUUAUUGCACUCCCUGUGUCCACUGCCCUUUUUUUUUCCAUCAGGGUUUUUUUUAAAUCAGAUGCAGCACCCUGGAGAUUUAAGGCCAAUGCAAAGUCUUCCUACCACAUUUUGAAACAGUGCUGUGAUAGGCGCCUACUUCAUAAAUGGCUUCAUAUUUAAUGUA